AUGAUUUCAUCGAGACCAAAGAGAAGUCAAACGUUACCUCCAGUGCUUAGGUAUCCAUUUGUUGUACGAGCUGUUGAGAUUGAUAGUAAUUUGAUGAAGGAGGAGAAUAUCCAGUCUAAUUGGCUAUUCAGUUUAUGUGGGAAUCCAAGGGAUGAUCUUUUUCAUAGCAUAAAUGGACAACGUGGGGAAAGAUACAUGUUUGAGAGCUUAUAUCCGAGAGAAUUUCUUUUUUCUAGGACUAUUGAUUGUUCUGUUGAAGUGUUGAACUAUGAUGAGAGAGCUAGUAAUUUGGACACUCCUUCAUGUUUCUUCUUCAAAACAGCAAUAUUGGAUCCUGCAUACAUGCAUAGUGAAGCAUGUGGUCCUUUAGCUCAAUGGACAUGUGAGUUUAAAAUGGAAAGUGUUGAGCAGAUUUUGCAACUUAGAAAUCUUCGAAAACGAUAUUCUAUGAAAAUUCUUUUGAGUGAAGUGAAUCUAAUGAAAAGUGAAGUUGAGCAACUUCUUGUUGAUUAUCAAAAGCUUUCUGCAAAUGACAGGCGUGUAAUGUAUCAUGAAGGCAUUAUCAAUAUAGCAGGUUGGUUAGCUGCAUUUGGUACUUGA